AGAAUGGGUAGGUCAGUCUGCCUCGAGUCAUCAGCGGCGUGCACUUUGUAGGGAUCCAUAAGCUCCUUUCGUCUCUUUCAUUCGGACCCAGCAAACGUUGCCAAAAUGGAUAGCGAAAGUCAUGUGAAGAUUACGCGGAAUUAUCAGGUCUUCAGGGGCAUGUCACCAACUAUGUCCAACAGACUUGAGAUCCGAGUCAGAGAGCUUGAGGAUGCCCUGGAUUUCGAACGGGAGGCCAGGAUCAGGGCAGAGAAAUUGGCAACAGAAUUACAGAUUGCAAACGACGCCGUCAAUGACCGAUGUGACGAGCUCGACUCUUCGUCGCAUCAUACAGUUGAGAUCACGAAGAAGAGGGAGAUUGAGAUCACCAAACUGAGGAAGGAUCUGGAUGCAGCCAACUCGCAGAUUGAGCUCAGCGAGUCAUCCAUGAGGAAGAGAUACCAGAACACCAUCAACGAACAAUCAGAACAGAUCGAGGCUCUACAGAGAGCGAAAAACAAAUCAGAGAAGGAGCGUUCCACCCUUAUUAUCGAAAUCGACAACUUGUCUUCACAGCUCGAUGGUGCCCUCAAGGGAAAGGCUACAGCUGAGAGCAGGGCUGACGGUAUGGACGCCCAACUCGCCCGCUUCAAGCAACAGGUGGACGACCUCACCAAGCAAGUCAACGACCUGAACGCCCUCAAGGCCCGCGUCACACAGGAGAACUUCGAGCUCCAGAGGCAGGUGCAGGAGUUGGACAGCACUUUGGUCACCCUCCACAAGCAGCGAUCUGGCCUCCAGGGCACCGUGGAUGACCUCAAGCGAUCCCUCGAUGAGGAGACCAGGCAACGCAACAGCUUGAGCAUCCAGCUCUCCGCCGUCCAGGGUGAUUACGACAACCUGAAUGCCCGUUAUGAAGAAGAGUCCGAGGCCAAUGGCCUUCUCCGUAACCAGAUCAGCAAACUGAACGCCGACCUCCAGGGCUUGAAGUCCAAGUACGAGAGGGAGCUCAUGGCACGCACUGAAGAACUCGAGGAGGCCAGACGCCGCCUUUCUGCCCGUAUCGCGGAACUUGAGAGUGAUUGUGACCAACUCCGAUCCAAGAACAACAGUCUUGAAAAAAUGAAAUCUAAACUCACCAUCGAAAUCAAGGAUCUCACCAUUGAACUAGAAAAUGUAACCGCCGCCAAUGCUGACCUAGCGAAGAAGCUGAAGGGAGCCGAGAGUGCCCUUGCCGAGAUGCAGAGGCGAUAUGACGAGGUGUCCGCGGAAGUUGCCCUGCUGAGGUCGGAGAACGGCAAUCUUGCCCAGGAGAACUACAAGCUCAAGAUCACCAUCACCGAAGUCACGGAGAAGAAGGACGCACUCGAGAGAGAGAACAGACAACUUUCGGAGGCUCUUCGGGAAGCCAAGGACGGCCUGCGUGACGCCAACCGCCAGCUCAACGAGCUUAGCGGCCUCAAGAUCGCCCUUGAGGCUGAGAGGGAUCAGUUGGCCAAGGCACUUGCCGAUGCUGAAGACAACCUGAGGGACGUUGAAAACCGCCUUCACAGCGCCACCAAUGCUUUGGAGCAGCUGAAGGUUGAAUUCAACACAAGACUCAGGGAGAAGGAAGAUGAACUUGAAGCCAUUAAGAGAAACAGCCAGAGGACAAUUGAACAACUGAAUAUCCAGAUUAGCGACAUGGAAGCCAAGUAUAAGAGCGAUCUCAACCGACUGAAGAAGAAGUUCGAAGUGACCAUCCACGAGUUGGAGCUCCAGGUCGACUCCCUCAACAAGGCUAAUGCAGAUCUCAACAAGCAAGUCAAACACUAUAUGCAGAGACUCAAGGAGGUCGAAGUUGCCCUUGAGGAGGAGCGUCACGGACAUGAAAUCGCCAGGACCGAGCUUGCUCAGAGUGAGAGGCGCCGCAUCGCCCUGCAGACCGAGAUUGACGACAUCAGGUCACUACUCGAAGCCGCUGAGAGAGGCCGCAAGAACGCCGAAGGAGAACUUGCCGAGGCCUCCACCCGCGUCAGUGAGCUCACCAUCAUUGUGCAGGGACUCUCCAACGACAAGCGCCGCAUGGAAGGUGACAUUGCCGGCAUGCAGGUUGACCUUGACGAUGCCAUCAAUGCCCAGAGGGCCGCUGAAGACAGGGCCCAGCACCUCGCCAAUGAGGUGGCCAGGCUGAGCGAGGAGCUCAGGCAGGAGCAGGAGAACUACAAGAAUGCUGAGUCCCUGAGGAAGAAGCUUGAGAUUGAGAUCCGUGAGAUCACAAUCAGGCUUGAGGAGGCUGAGCAAUUCGCUCUGAAGGAAGGAAAGAGAAUUAUUGCCAAGCUCCAAAAUAGGGUACGUGAACUGGAAGCUGAACUGGAAGCUGAGCAGCGCCGUCAUCGCGAGGCCGCUGCCAACGCUAGGAAGUACGACCGCCAGCUCAAGGAGUACCUUGUACAGUAUGAGGAGAACACUCGUGUCAUUGCCGAGCUACAGGAUCUCCUCGACAAAACACAACUAAAGGCAAAAUCGUACAAGAGGCAGAUUGAAGAAUGUGAAGAGGUUACUGCCAUCACGAUGAACAAAUACCGCAAGGCCCAGGCUCUAUUGGACGAGGCUGAGCACAGAGCAGAUAUGGCCGAGCGCAGCGUGACCAUCCGCAGGGGAGGAGGCCCAGGGCGAUCGGUGUCCGUCACUAGAGAAUACCGCAGAACUAUCAGAAAUUAAACAAGCCAACAUGACUGCUGAAAAGUCGCGUAUCUACAUGUUAUGAAGUCUUCCAGACUAAAUCACUCUUGGAACGACAUUCAGCGCCUAUUGCGGCCAAGAAACAUUCAAAAACGUUGAAUUAUUGUUAUUUAUGUCAUAUUUAAAGCCGUUUUUAUAUUUUACACGUAUAGUAUUCAUUCACAAAUGCUGCAAGUAAUUUUUACAAUGGUACAAUGUAGAAUGGACUGAGUUGACGAAGCCUUACCUUCAAGUGUAUGACGCAAACUGUACAAUUUUCGACCGAGAAAGGAACUUUCGGUAUCUGGUGGUGAUGAAUUCAGGUUCUUGAUAUAUAAUAGACGCAUUUGGAAUUGGUCUGUCAACUCUUUCCUAUAAUACACUGCAAUACCAGACGACAUCAUUUGUGAUAAGUCAAAGAGGUCAAAUACCAAGGUCAUCGUCAUGAAUAUUAUAUAGAAACAACACCAACGAAGAAAAUCUAUGUCGUCAAAUUCAUUUUGUUCUCGUCUUUCUUUUUGUUAUGUUAAAGUAAAUGUAUAAAUAAAUAUUUAAAAGGUAGAUGUUCUGCAAUCUUAAGUUAACCUAGCUAAGCUGACGGACAGCCCGAGCAUCGCUGUGUAUGAGAAACUAACGCUAUUUUAAAUCGUUUUGGUUCAUUUUGCAUGACCUGUGUAAAAAUUCUAAAAAGCCUGUGCACAUAGGAAAGUGGGGUUAAGUUAUGGGGAUUAGUGUAUGUACCUAGGUAGUCAAGUUACAUAGCCGAGCCGUAGUGCGAGCGGUAUAAAUGGUAAAUAAUCUCGUUUCGUGAUGGGCCCAUGUUCUGCCCAGGGCAGAGUUUCUUCAUCUUGAAAAGUCUUACAUAUUCUAGUGGGACAUUCAAAGCUAACAUCCGGGACCUACAACGCCAUGUGACUCUUGAGGAAGUCUGAUCAUGAUGUGUGCGCAUGCGUCCAGGCGCUCACAGACUGGAAGAUGCCAAGCCUCGAUUCAACCACCUCGGGAUUGUAUAGACAUUAUUCAUUGAAACUAUGCAAUAAUGCAAAUAAAGAAACAUUUUGUAAUUGUUUAUUUUGCAUUAAAUCUCGAGGACAAAGUUAAAAUUCAGUUAC